AUGGGCAUGAAGCAUAUUCUGGAGGUCGCAUUGAGAUGUGUAAAGCUAGAGCUCGUUCUUCUUGUGUCAACUGCUUACGUUAAUUCAAAGAAAUCAGGAGUCGUAUUGGAGAAGCCACUUCAACAGAACAGGAGUUAUGAUGGCCAAUCAGAAUUAGAUAUUUCAGAAGAAAUAGCAUUUGCAGAGGCGAAGCUGGAAGAGCUAGUUUGCAGCAGUGCUUCAGAAGAUACUAUAAGACGCACCAUGAAGAAGAUUGGAACAGAAAGGGCUCGGAAGUUUGGAUGGAUGAACACCUAUGUUUUUACAAAGGCAAUGGCUGAGAUGCUGGCAUAUGAACACAGAUCACGGCUCCCAAUCGUCAUCGUCCGCCCAACUUCCACAACAAGCACGUUGAUGGAGCCUUUUGCUGGAUGGAUAGAAGGAAUCAAAACAAUUGACAUAUGGGUUACUAACUAUGGUAAGGGGCAUCUAAAGUUUCUUCCUGGAGAUGUCACAACCAUCAUGGACAUAGUACCUGCAGACAUUGUGGUCAAUGCGAUGCUUUGUAUCAUCAGUUGCCACCCUCAAGGACCAUUAGACUUGAUCUACCAUAGUGGUUCUUCCAUGCGCAACCCUCUCAAGAUUGGCGAUCUGGUACAUGCAAUGUUCAGAUACUUCUUGGAGAGACCAUUUGUUAGUGCAGAGGGAGAGGUAAUCAAGGUGAAGCAGCUGGUUGUGCCAGCAACUAUGGACAGCUUCUAUGAACACAUGGACAUACACUACAAGAUGCCUUUGGAGGAUAUGGUACGCCGCGGAUUAUCUACCGCUGAGGAGCAAGACAGAUACAACCAUCUCAAGAGAGAGUACAAUUUCACAGUGGCUGUUGCAGAAGUGUUCCAAUCAGGCACAUUCUUCAAGAGGAGGUUUGAUGACUCCAACAUGCAGAGGCUUAUCACGUUUUUGAACGAAAGAGACAGAGAACUGAUCCCCUGUGAUAGCAAGUUCAUUAAUUGGAAGAAGCUCAAGAGAGAAUAUGAUGUAACAGUGGCUGUUGCAGAGCCAUACUGGCCAGUCACGUUAUUCAAAGGGAGGUUUGAUGACUCCAGCACGCAGAACCUUAUCGCGAUGAUGAAUGAAAGAGACAGAGAUAUGAUCCCCUGUGACAUCAAGUUCAUCAAUUGGGAGAAGUUAUUUAUGGAAAUUUACAUUCCUGGUGUCAUGGAAUAUGAAUCAAGGAUAGCAAAAGCAACAAGGGCUAGGCUCUAG